CUCCUCCUCCUUCUCCUCCUCCACCACACACACACACACACACACACACACACAGACAAACACAAACCACGCUCCCGUACGCCAACCCCUCCGUGGCUGGGCUGGACUGAAUGCUUAUCGAGGCGGUAUAAUCUAAAAGCAAACCGGGAUGCUAUGGAGCAGACGGUGUGUUGUCGGAGAUGCGAAAGUGCAUGAAUAAGUUGGCCUCCGCGGCGGGAUGAUAGGCGAUAAACGCUCAGAGCAACACGGAGAGAGAAAUCUGAGUCAACGUAAUCCAUCUGGAUGAUGAUGGCUUCGAUGAAAACAGCAUUGCUCGUAUUUCUACACUGGGUGCUCCAGUACGCUGUGUGUCGCGAUGUAUCUGUUCCUGUUGGGACCAUCUACCGCGUUGCAGGGUUCCCCCUCUCCCUGCCCUGCACUGUAUCAGGGUUCGAAGGCUCACGUACGCAGGACUUUGAGUGGUUCCUGUACAGAGAUGAUGCUGCUGGGAGACAGAUUGGAGUGGUGUCCACCAGGGACAAGGGCUUCCCUUACGCCCCUUUCCUGGCCCGGGUGAGGAGUGGGGAGGUGAGGGUGGAGAGGGACUCAGGGGACAAAGUCCGGCUAGUGAUCCAGAGGCUCCGGGCUGAAGACCAGGGGAAGUACGAGUGCUACACACCCAGCACAGACAGCACCUACCAAGGAAACUACAGCGCCACAGUGCCUGUCAAAGUGAUCCCCGACACACUCCAGAUUAGCUAUUCCCGCGUACUUGCCGGCCAGCCUGUGCCAGAGGGGGCCGAAUUAACGCUGACAUGCUCAGCCGGCAUCCAAUCGGAGCAGCUCACCCAUCUGUCCAUUAUGUUUGGGAAGCGUAGUGAUGGAGAGGGUUUGGGAAGUGGAACAGGAGGGGAGGUCAGCACCGUUAGAGAGAUUAUCUCCAUCGACAAGCUGCUGAGGGUCAUCCCUGGACAUUUGUACAAGAAGCGGUACAGUGAUGGAGAGAUCACAUUGGAGAAGAGGAAUGGGGAGGCGGGACUGGAUAUGUACGUGAUGAAGAUGAGAGCUGUGCAGCCGGACGACAGCGGCUCGUAUUUCUGUGAAGCCUCGCAGUGGAUUCGGGACCCUGAUCGAUCGUGGCAGAAGAUAGCACAGAGGACGCUGGAUAUUGGCAACUUGACCGUUCAGCAACUAGCGGAGUCUCUGAGUAUAACAUCCUCACCCAAAGGAGGGGUGAUCCUGCAAGUUGGUUCCCCUCUUAUCCUGACCUGUGAAGUGUUGGGGCUGCCGUCUGAAGUUAACUCGGGCCUGCUGGUUCAGUGGAUGAAGAGGGGAUCAGUAAGCAGCGAUGUAACUGGGACCGGGGGAGUUGAGGUGGAGGUGGUCCGGAUGAGCCCAGACGGUGUUGUGAGUUGGGGGGACGACCUCAGCCGAGCAAGCUGGGGCUCUCUGGAGAAAGUGGCUGAGCGGAGGUACUCUCUGAAGCUGUUCGCAGCCAGGCCCUUAGACUCAGGGGUGUAUCGGUGUGUGGUCAGUGUGUAUGCUGGAAGAGCAAACCCUGGCCCUGCUACUCCUGCAACACUCACCCAGAGGUCUGAGGGAGUCACCGUGAACCUCACGAGCAGUGAUGUACUAGUUGCAGCUGUGGCUCAGCUCCCUCGAGGCCCCCUGUUAAAACGAGGCAGCACCAUCACCCUGAUCUGCAACGCCACCGUGACAACCACAGGUCCCGCCCAGACAGAGGUGCAGUGGCUGCGUUGGCCAAUCCCUGUUAUCAAGAAGAAACAGAGCCCAGCCUCUGAUGUUAUUCUCCCAGACCCCCCUGUGGAUGAAACCCCCAAGCUGGUAGCCAGCCUCAUGUACGACGGUGUUGCAAAGAUCUACACCAACGGUAGCGAGGUUAGCGUCGACCGCCUGUCAGCUAGCAGCUACAGACUGAGGGUCCACGCAGCAACAAUGGAUGACCAGGGCAUGUAUGUGUGUCGUGCCCAGGUGUGGGGUCAAGUCCCACAUGGAGGCUGGUACAACACAGGGGUCAAAGCAGAGUCAAGUCCAGUGACUGUGUACCUUUAUGCCAGAGCUGCUGACCUCCUCCUCAUCCCUUUGGUCAUUGGAGUCUCCUCUGCCUUGUUUGUGGGCAUCGUCAUCAUUGCAACGGUAACCUGUUGCUUCAUGAAGCGACUGGCAAGGCAGCGCAUCCCAAAAUAGGUGUCCACUGCCGCCGCCUGUCUGAAGUCUGAAUGUCCGCAAAGAGGUGAUGCACAGAACAUAAUGGAUGAAAAAAUGAAAAUUACUGCCAACCUGGUUUUCUGUGUUUUGACCUACCAGUUUAACAAUCAAUGCCAAAAAAUUCUGUUUUAUAUUCUCUCGUAUUUUUAUAUCUGAACCUUCUCUGAAAACACAAAUGUUAGUGAUUGCUGUAUCACGCACCAGUAGGCGUAAUAAUCUAGAUUUUUGACUCUCCCAUCCAACGACCCCUAGUGGGCAAAGACUAACACAUUGGAUCUGUUUCCACCUUAACAGUAAAAGCUUAACCCACCUUUUUAAUAAUCUCUUUGUCCCAGCCUGUCAUUCUGUUUCAAAUGAAAAAAGGGUAAAGAUACACAAGAUAUGCAAGAUCUUUGUGAUGACGUCAAAAGUAAAGAAGGUACUGCAGGUUUGUUUUGCGUCUCUCAGAUGUGAAGAAUCCUGUUCUAUAAAAACAAUACUAUAAAAUUAUUGUUUCUAUAGAAAAGCAAAGCAAACUUCCCCCUCAUAAGUCAUAAUAUGAUUGUUACAGUAUAAAAGUACCAAACAGUUUCUUAGCCUGCCAAAUGUUUUGUAUGACGCUGGGAAUGCAGAUCGUCCUACAGUACAUAGAGUAAUAGUUGUAUUUUCACACAAACAAUAUUCUGUGGUUUUAAAAAUCGUUAAUACUGUUCCAGUUGUUCCUCCCCUCAAACCGCAUGUUUUUCUUUUAUUACAUACAUGUUUAAAUGUCUGUGCAUGGUUGGGCCUCUAGCACUGCCACUGACAGUCACAUGAAUGCUAUUGCAGCAGUUCAGCCUCCAGAAAUGUAAUAUGAGCAGGGACCUUCCACCACUCUGCAUGUAAACAAAGUAUCUUUCUGUUUCCUAAUAAGGGAGCCGCUGGCUGGGGGCUUUCUGAUGCCAAGACCAAUUGAGUACCAAUUCUAAACAAAUGCAUUCCUCGCCUGUGACACUUCACGCUGAAGUGAGAUUUCUUUAUGGACUUGUAUAGAUUUGAUAAAAAGAAAUGGAAGAGAUAUCCAUUGUGCACUGAGAUAAAAUAUGUAAAUAUUGUAUGGAGUUUAGCUGUUUUAUUUUUCUUAAUGUGAGCAGGACUAUGCUGUCUUUGGCAAAGCACCUGUGUUUAACAUUCUGCAGCAGUCUGUUCUGCUCUUUUGAAGCACUUAGACACAAAUGGGACUGGGACCAAAGCCCCUUGGUACCCUUCUUUGACUUGACUUUUUUUCCAGCUAAAAAGUCACUUCUUUGCUGUACUUGAGUGAAUACUUGUGUGUUUUUUCUCUUCUCUUUUGUGCGAUUUAUGGUUUCUUUGCUCUUGUGACUGAAACAGAAAAACAUUACUGUGUAAAAGAAUCCCCUGUUUGUUACACUGAAUAACAGAAAAACUAUUGUUGUUCACACUGUUUAGGUUACUUGUCCCCAAGGUGAAAAUCUCCUAAGCAGCUCAUAUGACCGGGUAGUUUAGUCAAGUCUCACUAUCUUAGUCAUGUGGUUUAAGCCACAUAUUUCUGCAGCCAAGACUUAUUAUGACCAUAGCUCCUGCUGCUAGCCCACAGAAAUCUGUUGGACAGAUUCACUGUGUCUACACUCUUAUGAGUGAAAUCCAUCCUCCUUUUCCUGUCCAAAGUAACAUUAAAAAAAAGUUUUGUCAUGUGAGCGUGCCCACAAUGUGUGAUCACUUAAAGUUAGCUACAUGUUUGUGAAAAGGAGAAAGAAAUGAACAUUUGUUGUAUCCAGCUUUUGCCUCUCUCAUGAAAUUAUUCCAAUGAGCUAUACUUACUUACAUAAGGUAUCAGUCUGUCUUUACUGUCUGUCUCUGUGUCCUGGUGGCUUUUUGAUUUGAGAGUCCCUCUAAAUCUGCUUGUCCUCCCUAACCUGUGUGCUCUAAACCCCCGAUUAUAAAUGUUGUUCACGAACAUUAGGGAAUAAAAUCACAACUCGCUUGCUUCCUGGGCCACUUUGUUCCAGAUCAACUACUCAAAGCUGAUUUGUUCACCCCACAUACCCACCAACCACAUGAUUACACACUUGCACACAGAUGCAUGUGUACACACAGCACAGCAGUAGCAACAACAGCAGCAGCAGCACAGUGCUGGCUGGUAUUUCAGAUGAAAGUAAGUAGGUAUCUGCGUGUUCAUCUCUAAUCCCUGUUUAUGGCUGCAGCCUCUGCCCUUCCCCCUCUCUCAGUGUGUAACCGAUUUAAGUGUUGCUUGCUUUCGAUUCUUUUCAAUUUCUGUUUUCUGAACAAUACAGUCAGCUGUUAAAGUGUAAAAGCUGCUGUCUAAGUAGUGCUUAUGUUUGAGGAUAUAUUAAACCCUUUCAUGAAGGUGUUAAGUUUUGUUUGGACUGUUUACUCAUGCUUUAAUACCACUGUUCCUGAAUGCAUCUUGAUGCCAUCGAAAUAUAAAGAGGCGGGCUAAUGCUCAUCGUUUCUUAUGGUGCUUUGGCAAACCUGCCAGUUGAUGAACCAAUAAACCACUCUGUAUUAUUGAUGUCA